AUGGGAGAAGGGCCAGCUCCUACCGAUCCACUUCACAAGGCUUUACAAGAAAGUGGCGCCGUGGAUUGGAAAAGCAGCGAUUAUGCUACCAGGAAUGACCAAUCCGACAGCGUCAAGAAGGAUGAUCCGAAGGGCGGCGGGAGCGAGAAGAAGCCUCCUCCUCCUCGUGCCUCCGUCGCUUAUUACAAGCUGUUCGCCUACGCCGACACCUUGGACUACCUGCUCAUUGCGUUGGGGUCAAUCGGAGCGUGCACGCAUGGCGCCACGCUGCCAAUCUUCUUCCUCUUCUUCGGAGAGCUCAUUGACUCCAUGGGAGCCAGUGACAUCGGAGGCGUCAGCAAACGCCUUACGCGAGAACCUUCCCUCUUCUCGAACCUCAACAUCCCUCAUUCCUUUCCCCAUCUAAAUCAAGUCAUCCGUCCGCCCCCUCUCCCUCGUCUCCCGUGUCUCUCUCGCCGCGCAGAGGUGUCGUGCUGGAUGCACACGGGCGAGCGUCAGGCGGCGCGCAUUCGCGAGCGGUACCUGGCGGCGAUUGUGAAGCAGGAGAUCGGAUUCUUCGACACGCACUCCAGCUCCGGUCAGAUCGUCAGCAACGUCUCCAGCAACGUGCUGCUCGUCCAGGACGCCAUUUCCGAGAAGCCCUCCACAACAUCCCCCCCCUCUCCUCCCCCCUCAUCUCCCCCCCCUCCCCUCCUCCCUCCCCCCCUCCCCUCCCCCCCCCCUUUCCUCCCUCCCCUCCCCUGUCUCAUGGUUCCCACCAUCCAGGUGGGCAACUUCCUGCAUUUCAUGGCAACAUUCGUGGCGGCGUUCAUAAUCGGCUUCACCACCCUGUGGCAGCUCACGCUCGUCAUCCUCGCCAUCGUCCCCCUCAUGGCGGGCUGCGGCGCCGUCUACGCCAUCGCCAUCACGGGUCUCACCUCUAAGGGCCAGCACGCGUACGCCCAGGCAGGUGCAGUGGCGGAGCAGGCGGUGGGGCAGGUGCGCACGGUGUACUCGUUUGUAGCAGAGGAGAGGACGCUGAAGCAGUACAGGGACGCGCUGGAAACGACGGUGCAGCUGGGGUUCCAGGGGGGGUUGUUCAAGGGCAUGGGCCUGGGCGGGAUGUGCUUGGUGAUGUUCUGCGCGUGGGCGCUGCAGUUCUGGUUCGCCGCCAAGCUCGUGGCGGAUGGCAAGGCCACGGGCGGCCAGGCGCUCACCACCAUGUUCUCUGCGCUCAUCGGCGGCAUGUCUCUGGGUCAGGCGAUGCCAAACCUGACGGCAUUUGCCAAGGGGCAGGCAGCUGCGCACAGCAUCUUGCAGGCCAUGCAGCGCAAGCCAGCCAUGCAUGUGGACGACACCUCUGGCAAGAUCCCCGCAGCCGUCAAGGGCCACUUGGAGCUCCGCAGCGUGUGCUUCUCAUAUCCCUCGCGCCCGCACGUCGCGGUUUUCGAGGACUUGUCGCUCGCGAUUGCGGCCGGCACGACGGUGGGCAUCGUGGGGGCGUCGGGCAGCGGGAAGAGCACGGUGGUGGCGCUUGUGGAAAGAUUCUAUGACCCGCUUGCAGGUGCGGUGUAUCUGGACGGGCGCGAUAUUCGCUCCCUGCAGUUGAAGUGGCUGAGGGACCAGAUUGGGCUUGUGAGUCAGGAGCCGGCGCUGUUUGCGACGAGCAUCAAGGAGAACAUUAUGUAUGGGAAGGAUGGGUCGACGAUGGAGGAGGUGCAGGCGGCAGCCAAGGUGGCUAACGCACAUGACUUCAUCUCCGGCCUGCCCGAGGGGUAUGACACGCAGGUCGGGGAGCGAGGCGUGCAGAUGUCCGGCGGCCAGAAGCAACGAAUCGCGAUAGCGCGCGCCAUUCUGCGCAACCCCGCGAUCCUCCUGCUGGACGAAGCCACGUCAGCUCUGGACGCGGAAUCAGAGAAGGUGGUGCAGACAGCUCUGGAUGGCGCCAUGAAGGGCCGCACCACCGUUGUGAUUGCCCACAGGCUGUCGACGAUCCGCGGGGCGGACUCGAUCGCAGUGGUGGGCAAGGGGCGGGUGGUGGAGCAGGGCACGCAUGACACGCUGAUGGCGAUGCAGGGCGAGUACGCGGCGCUGGUGAAGCUGCAGCUCCAGGCGGUGCAGGCCGUGGUCAAGCCGGAGGAGGUGCAUGGCGGCGCGCAGUCCUUGUCGUGGUAUGUUGGGCGUGGGAAGGGGUUCAGGGUUGGGUGGGGCGGGGUUCUGCAGGUGAAGCUGCAACUCCAGAAGGUGGAGGCCCAGAGGACGCCAUGGAUGGCGGCGCGGGGCUGUUAUUCCUGCCAUCAAAGCAGUGAGUUACAGCAGUCAACCGUGUCGGACGGAGGCAAGUCUGCAGUGGACUCUAUCGGGGUCAAGGACGAGAGUGGCGAGGCCAAGAGCAACGGGUCGUGGUGGCGCCUCUUCAACCUCACCCUCCCCGACUGGCCCUACACUGCCCUCGCUGUAGUGGGCGCGGCUCUUGCUGGCGCCCUCAACGCCUUCUUUGGCCUCUUCCUCACCAUCGUGACCUUGAUUGUGCGGAUUUCACUUGCAGCUGGCCGAAUGGCCGUAACUCAUCACCGCAAGGCACCACCCCCCCCCCCCCCCAAUUUCCCCCUCUACACUUCCCCUCCCUCCUGCCGCCUCCCUCCUCGAACGGUCCUUUGUAUGAAUAAUCAGCAUGUGUCCUCCCUCCCUUCGCCCCAUCAGAUGGUCACGGCCUACUACAAGCCAGUGGACCAGAUGCUGUCACAAGUGAACACAUGGGCCGUCAUCUUUCUGUGUCUGGGCGUCAUCACCUUCCUCGUGUACACCCUCCAGCACUACAACUUCGGUGUGGUCAGCGAGAAGCUCACCAAGCGCGUGCGCGAGCUCAUGCUCGCCUCCAUCCUGCGCAACGAGGUCGCGUGGUUCGACCACGGCAGCAACAGCAGCGGCGCCAUUGCCGCGCGCCUCGCCUCCGACGCCACCCUUGUCCAGGGCGCCAUCGGGGGCCGCAUCUCAGUCAUCGCUCAGAACGUGUCCCUCAUCACCGUGGCGUUUGUCAUCUCGUUUGUGCUCAACUGGCGCAUGGCGCUCGUCGUCAUGGCCACCUUCCCGCUCGUUAUAGUCUCCGCAGCAGCGCAGCAGGCGUUCAUCAAGGGCUUUGCGGGGGACCUCAAAGUGGCCCACGAGAAGGCCAGCAACGUGGCAGUGGAAGCUGUUGGGAACAUCCGAACUGUGGCUGCUCUUUCCCUGGAGGACAAAGUGCUGACGCUGUUCCGCAAACAGCUCGAGCCUCCUCUGAAGCGGUCUCUGCAGCGCGGGCAGAUCGCAGGGCUUGCUUUCGGCGGGUCGCAGUUUUGCAUGUAUGUGUCGUUUGCCAUGGGGCUGUGGUAUGGGGGGCAGCUGGUGGAACAGCAGGAUGGGACGUUUGAGAACGUGUUUAAGGUGUUCAUGGUGCUGACGUGGUCAAGCUUUGCCAUUGCGGAGACGCUCACUCUUGCCCCGGACCUUGCCAAGGGCGGGUAUGCCAUCAAGUCAUUCUUCGCAGUGCUGGACCGCCAGACCAAGAUCGUGCCUGACGAUCCGACGGCUGAGAUGGUGGAAUCAGUGAAGGGGGAGAUUGAGUUGAGGCAGGUGCGGUUCGCAUACCCUACCCGCCCAAACGCCGUCCUGUUCGAAGAUUUCAGCCUCAAGGUCCCGGCUGGGAAGACUGUAGCUCUGGUUGGGCCGUCUGGCAGCGGCAAGAGUUCCAUCAUCUCCCUUAUAGAGCGAUUCUACGACCCGCUUGCAGGCGUGGUGCUAGUGGAUGGCAAGGAUGUGAAGAGCCUGCAUCUGAGGUCGCUGCGGUCUUUCGUUGGGCUUGUGAGCCAGGAGCCUGCGCUGUUUGCGGUAUCGAUCCGGGAGAACAUUCUGUAUGGGCGGGAGGGGGCAACUGAGGCGGAGAUUGUGGAGGCAGCCAAGGCUGCAAACGCACACACGUUCAUCAGCAGCCUACCCCGUGGAUAUGACACUGAGGUGGGAGAGAGGGGUAUGCAGCUUUCAGGAGGCCAGAAGCAGCGGAUUGCCAUUGCCCGAGCUGUGCUCAAGAACCCAGCCAUCCUCUUAUUGGACGAGGCCACGUCAGCCCUGGAUGCUGAGUCAGAGCGUGUGGUGCAAGAUGCUCUGGACCGUCUGAUGGUGGGCCGGACAACGGUUGUGAUUGCCCAUCGUCUCAGCACGAUCCGCAACGCUGAUAUUAUUGCGGUGGUGCAAAGUGGGAAGAUUGUAGAGCAGGGAACGCAUGAUGUGCUGUUCAGCAACCCCACGUCGGGGUAUCAUUCGCUUGUGAAGUUGCAACAGUCAAGCAGGGAUACAGAUUUAUGA